UAAUACAGGGCCUGCCGUCGUUAGAGAACUUAAAGGUGUUGUCUGUGACGAAGACCCGGAUACAACGAUCGGUAUCCUAGUGUCCCCCUUUCUUAACUUUACGGAUAAAGCAAUAGAUACAGCAAAAAAAUCCUGUUUCCCUAUCAUCCUAACCGAUAAAUCUCAUAUUCCCUUAAUCAUCCUUAAUAUCGCUCUCGACAAUUUCCAAAAUAGAUCCUUUGAAUUUCCUUUUUAUCAUAACCUUGUUUUUCGCCAUUAA